UCCUCCCUCCUCCGCCAGCGGCCUUUCCUAAUUUGAGCUGUCCGAGCAGGGAGCUGCAGUGCCGGCCGUGCUUAGGAUGUCUGCCUGCAAAUUCCUCUCCUCUCUCCGCGGCCUCGGUCUGCAGUCAAAGUGGGACAGGCGGAUCGGAGCGGGGGCGGCGUGGAUCGUACAGAGCAAGAGUUGCGGUUGCGGUUUUUCCACCAGCGCUCAUAACUAUGCCAAAUUCUACGGUGACCCGGUAGACGCUGUGAACGAUAUACCCAACGGGGCAACACUGCUUGUUGGUGGGUUUGGUUUGUGUGGCAUUCCCGAGAACCUCAUUGCAGGACUCCUGAAAACCGGGGUAAAAGGAAUCACAGCCGUGAGCAACAAUGCAGGGGUUGAUAACUUUGGCUUGGGUCUGUUGCUUCAAACAAAGCAAAUUAAGCGUAUGGUCUCCUCCUAUGUUGGUGAAAAUGCUGAAUUUGAAAGACAGUAUCUUCAAGGAGAACUGGAAGUGGAGCUGGUACCGCAGGGGACUCUGGCAGAGCGAAUUCGCGCAGGAGGGGCUGGCAUCCCGGCUUUCUUUACACCCACCGGUUACGGCACGUUAAUCCAAGAAGGAGGAGCGCCAAUAAAAUAUAAUAAAGACGGCACUGUGGCAAUAGCUAGCCACCCUAAAGAGGUUAAAGAAUUUAAUGGCCGUAAAUUUGUUAUGGAAACCUCAAUUACUGGAGAUUAUGCGCUGGUCAAGGCAUGGAAAGCAGAUCGUGCUGGCAAUGUUGUGUUCAGAAAAACUGCAAGGAACUUCAACCAGCCUAUGUGUAAAGCUGCGAAAAUGACAAUCGUUGAGGUGGAGGAAAUUGUUGAAACCGGAACCUUUGCUCCAGAAGAUGUCCACAUUCCCAGCAUCUACGUGGACAGAAUUAUUAAAGGUGAACACUUUGAAAAGAGAAUAGAGAAACGAACACUGCGAAAAUCGGAAAACUCCAAACCCAAACCUAAAAAAGACUCUGACAUUGUAAGAGAGAAAAUAAUUCGACGAGCAGCCCUGGAAUUCCAGGAUGGGAUGUACGCUAAUCUCGGCAUUGGAAUUCCUAUGUUGGCGAGUAACUUUAUCAAGAAGGACAUCACAGUUCAUCUACAGAGUGAAAAUGGCGUCCUUGGUCUGGGUCCAUAUCCUUUAGAGAACGAGGUUGAUGCAGAUCUCAUCAAUGCAGGUAAAGAAACUGUGACUGUCCUUCCAGGAGCUUCAUACUUUUCUAGUGAUGAUUCAUUUGCAAUGAUUAGAGGGGGUCAUGUCGAUCUGACAAUGUUGGGUGCCAUGCAAGUUUCAAAAUAUGGAGAUCUGGCCAACUGGAUGAUUCCUGGCAAGAUGGUGAAAGGAAUGGGGGGUGCCAUGGACUUGGUGUCCAGCUCCGGAACCAAAGUGGUGGUCACCAUGGAACAUUCAGCCAAAGGUGGUGCCCACAAGAUCUUGGAAGACUGCAACUUGCCGCUUACUGGGAAACAAUGUGUGGAUCGUAUUAUUACAGAGAAGGCUGUCUUUGAUGUGGACAAAAACAGUGGACUGACUCUAAUUGAAAUUGGCGAAGGUCUUACUGUGGAUGAUAUAAAGAAGUGCACUGGUUCUGACUUUGCUAUUUCUCCAGAUCUCAAACCGCUUCAGCAGAUUGUUGAUUAAAAGAAGAUUCAAAACCAAUUCCUAGAAACUGCUCCGUGAAAAAAAAAACAUAUAUAUACAUAUAUUUUAUUUUUUUUCUUGCAAUUUUGCACCCUUCCAAGCUGACCAAACCUGGGUAAUAGGUCAAUUUCUUGUAGCACAGGAGAACUGUAAAAAGCGUAAUAAUUGUAUUAAAAUAACAAAAGUACUUUUAUGGUCAAUAAACAGUUUUUCUGAA